AUAUCUGCUAAGAAGCUUCUUCUCUGACCCCUCCACUUCAAAGUUUUGAAUUGAACUCGUCUCUUUUUUCCUCUCUAACAUCAUCAAUGGCGUCUCCUUAAACAUCAAAAAUGGAAAAAGAUUCAAUCUUUACCCACGUGAAAUCAAAUUAUCUUCUCUCCCUCUCUUGCUCUCUAAACAAAUGCCAAGCGUAAUUGCCAAACUCUAUAGCGUUUUCUUCAAAUAUCACCAAAAGCACCUUCUGCAGAGCCUGUCACAACCUUCUUUCAGCGAUAAAGCGGGCCCUUUUGGCUUAACCUCUCGGCCCCAUGAAUCUAUUGCCCCCAGCAAUCCUUUAUUCACUGACGGUGUCGCCACCAAGGACAUCCACGUCGACCCCUUUUCUUCUCUCUCUCUCCGCAUCUUCCUCCCUGAAACUGCUCUCGCUUCCCCAUUGGCUACUCGCCGUGAUUACUAUGUACCCACUUAUGGAGGGUAUUCGCCGCCGGCGGGUAAGUUCAACAGGAAGUUGCCUGUGAUGUUGCAGUUUCACGGAGGUGGGUUUGUGAGUGGGAGCAAUGAGUCGGUGGCAAACGAUGCGUUUUGCAGGAGGAUAGCCAAGUUGUGCGACGUAAUUGUUGUUGCUGUUGGGUAUAGAUUGGCACCUGAGAGUAAGUACCCGGCUGCUUUUGAAGAUGGCCUCACGGUUUUGAAUUGGUUGGCCAAGCAGGCAAAUUUGGCUUCUUGUAGGAGAUUGAGUCUUCAAAGCCGUAUUUUUGAUAGCUUUGGCGCUUCCAUGCUUGAGCCUUGGCUUGCAGCUCAUGGAGACCCUUCCAGGUGUGUAUUACUUGGGGUGAGCUCUGGUGCAAAUAUAGCAGAUUAUGUGGCACGAAAGUCUGUAGAGGCAGGCAAGCUAUUGGAUCCUGUUAAGGUUGUGGCCCAAGUACUGAUGUACCCUUUCUUCAUUGGAAGCACCCCCACACGUUCUGAAGUUAAGCUGGCAAACUCAUACUUCUAUGACAAGGCUAUGUGCAAACUGGCAUGGAAACUCUUCCUACCUGAAGAAGAAUUCAACCUAGAUCAUCCAGCUGCCAACCCUCUCCUCCAUUGGAGACAACCACCUCUUAAGUACAUGCCGCCAUCGCUAAUAGUUGUGGCAGAACAUGACUUUAUGAGAGACCGGGCCAUUGCUUACUCAGAAGAACUACGGAAAGUUAAUGUGGAUGCGCCUCUUCUUGAUUACAAGGAUGCAGUGCAUGAAUUUGCUACACUUGAUGUGCUUCUCCAGACACCACAGGCCAAAGCAUGUGCAGAGGAUAUCUCUAUAUGGGUGAAGAAAUAUGUAUCUCUUAGAGGCCAUGAGUUCUCUUACUGAAUGAAUACGAAAGGUAAAAACAGAUUAUGAAGGGAAAAGAUUUGCUUUGUUGGCAUAGAAGCACGGUUGCCCCUUUGUCAUUUAUGAUGUUGGAGAGGAGCAGCAUUCUUGUAAAUAUGCUGGGGAUAAUAGCUUCCAGCCAGUUUUCCAUUAGUUACUACUUAUGUGAGGAUUUGUUUCCUUUCUUGUAAAGAAUAUACUGUUUAUCAGAACUUGGGAUUUUCUGGAAUUUUAGAUUGUUGUUCCCUAUAUAUACUACAAACAUUCUUUUUUCAA